GAAAUCUGAGACUGAGGAAAGAACCCACGAGACCCCAAAAGGAAAGGAAAUACAUCACAAGACCCACCGCGGCUGCACCGCUACCGCUACCGCCCCACUCUGAAACCACCGCGAGCGAUGGAGGAGGAGGAAGGCGGAGGGCCGAGGCUGAGCAAGAGGUUCUCCGACAAGGACGGAGAAGUGGACUACAAGACCAAGGCCGGCACCGCCUGGUCUCACUCUUUCCUCAACCAGAAGCCCUGGCACCCUCUCUCUUACCCCAACCAGCGCCGAAAGUGGAUCGCCGAGCAGACCCACUCCCAGAAGGAACGCCGCGCCGAAGAGAUUUCCCGAGAGUAUGCUCAAGAACAGGAUUUUUUCCGUCAGACUGCUCUUGUCUCCAAGAAGGAGAAAGAAAAGUUGGAGAUGAUGAAAGCUGUUAGUUUUAUGUAUGUUCGACCGCCCGGCUACAAUCCGGAAAGCGCUAAAGCUGCUGAGGUAGAAGAUGAGAGGAAAAAGCAGGAGCAAGUUGGCACUUCUCAGAGCCCAACUGCAGAGGGCGCUUCAGAUUCAAAGAAGCCCGAGUCUAUGCCUCCUAUUGAAGAGAAAAAGAAACCGAGGCCAAAAGAUGUCUUUGGCCGUCUCUUACCAACAGAAGAACAAUUCGAAGUCCUCAAGAAUGCUCCAAGACUGGAAACAGGUGCCCCUGCAAGGGUCAAACCUUUUGCAAUUGAGAUACGCAAUGUCAAAUGUGUACGAUGCGGAAACUUUGGUCAUCAAAGUGGUGAUCGUGAAUGCCCAUUAAAAGAUGCUAUCAUGCCAAAUGAAGAGAGUCGAUUGAAAAGAGACGACCCUUUAACAGCUAUCCAAGCUCAGACCGAGUCAAGUGAGCCUUUAAAGUGGGAACUCAAACAAAAACCCGGGUUGAGUCCUCCUCGAGGCGGGUUCAGACCCGAUGAUCCCAACCAGCAGAUAGUUGCAGAGGACAUAUUUGAUGAAUAUGGAGGGUUCCUCUCGACGGACAAUAUUCCUGACCUGCUGUCCAACUUCUCAAGCAAAACGAAGAAGAAAAAAUCCAGUAAGAGUAAACACAGGAGGAGGGCCUCACCAGCCUCCAGUGAUUCACGCUGCCAUGAAGAAACCGAGUCUUCUUCUGAUGAUGAUAGAAGAAGAAGAUCGAAGAAGAGACAUAAAAAGAAGUCACGAAAGCAUUCCGAGUCAAGCUCAUCAUCAGAGGGCUCCGACUCUGACAGGCAUCGAAAGAGAAGUACCAAACGGAGGCACUCUCGCCCUAGUUCAUCUCGCUACUCAGAUUCAGCCGGGAAACAUAAGAGGAGAGAUCACCACCACCACCACCACCACCACCACCACAGGCGCCACCGUGAUCAUCAUUCUGAUUCUUUAUCAGAAUGACAUGCAUUACAAUUUCAUGUGCAAUAUGCAAAAAAUGGCAUUGAUUAGGCCAUUGGAUUGGCUAAUAGUGUGUUACAUCUUACUAGUAGUUCUUAAAAACAUGGG